AAGCUUCCAAAAACUAUAAGAGGAGUAAAUGCAUCACAAUGCUUCUCCUUGAAUUCAGAAUCAUUAAGCAAAAUAAUGCUUCAGUUUGGAAGAAUUUUAGUGCUUCCACAAAAUAUGGCGUGUUUUGGUGUGAGAGAUGAGAAAUUAUUGGAUUUUCAGUCACCUAGGAGACUAUCGCAACAGACUGAUCUUCCUACCUGGGUCCCUCCUUCCAAGUUCUCUGAAUUUCAAAGUGAGUUCUGUAAAAGUGAGUAUUGGUUACGAGAUUAUUAUGACGAUGACACUCCAUGUGAUUGUCACAUUAUAUUACCAGGAAAUAAGAUACCAAAGUGGUUCAACCAUCAAAGCAUUGAAAGUUCCAUAUCAUUGUGGGUUGGUCCAGAAUUUCCAGCAUUUGCUCUUUGUGUUGCUUUUUGUCUGGUGGAUGAAGAUGAAUACGAUUUUGCUUGUGUUGUUGACAUUUUCACCAACGGUCAUAAACGAACGCUAGUAAAGAAAUUCUUUGAUAAAAUGCAUUGUGAUCAUCGAUGGUUUUAUGGUGCAUCUCAUAGGUUGUUGCAGCAGGAAGUUGGAAACUUGAUUCAAGGAGAUUGGAAUCAUGUUGAAAUUUCAUGUAAAAUCUCUCUUUGGACUAGUACAUUUGGCAGAGAAAUUGCUCCUACCAUUGCAAGGAUGGGGGUCCAUGUGAAAUGUAUUUGUGGUCUUCAUAAUUCGGCCAUCUGCCAUGAAAACCAUGAUGAACUAGUCCAACCACAAGGCAAUCGAAUUUCAAAGAGAAUUGCGCACCAACGGCUCAAACCAUUUCUUCCUCGAGGUUGCCAUUUUAUCCUGCGCAAACCGUACCAUACCUUGUGCCCAAUCAGGAGCACUUCUGGUCAACCAUUACUAAAAGCAAGAAAAAUCAGCAACAGGAGAAAGAGGUCCUUAUAGUAGCAAGGAGUAGCAAUUGUUUGUAGGGAGCUCAAGAUCAUUGCCGGUGUCCAAAUGAUCGAAGAAAAUGACAACCUCUUUAUAAAAAAAUUGAAUGAAUAAUUAUUUCAAGGCUUAGGACUUGGAACAUUUUUUUUUAAGGGCUCACUGGGAGGGAGUUGUAUUGGCUUGAUUCAGUCAAUGAAGAUAACAAAAAGAGGGGAAAA